AUGAGAGGUUCAACAAAAGGCCCGAAGGACCCCGAGGACUACGAGAAUUCCUUCCUCCACCAGACCAUCGGAGGCUCCCGCAUCCGCUCAUAUUCACAACGACAUGGCCAACACCGUCUCAAUCGUCACCAUCACCCCUCCUCACAACCCGAAGGAACAACAUCAACAUCUUUCAACUCUCAGACGUCAUCUGCAGGUCCUGUAGGGCCCACCGCCUCGUCCGUGUCGUCCUAUCUCGAAAACCUGCCCUCCGUCACCCUCGACAACACAGACUUGCCACCCAGACCACCUCGCCCGCCCGGCGGACUCCUCGGUAUCAGUAACGGACGUGGGAUGGGCUACAAUCGGAGUCUCGGAAGUAGUUACGACAGUCCUCAGGCGACUCACGGAUCCUUCAACGGCCAUGUCCGCAGUGGCGCCAACUUGUAUGGAGCCAAGAACCCCUCUUCGUCCGGUCUCUCUCCCGCAAAGUCCUCUGGAAACCACCACCGACCGUCCAUGUCUGUCUUUCCGAUUCAAAAGGCGCUCGAGAUUGCCAUGAAAGAGUCCCGGCUACUGGCUGCAGCGUCGUCACGAGGCGGAUCAGGAACCUCUGGAACGGGUAUGAGCACUGGUAUAACCUUUGUGAGAGAACUCAGGAAGGCCAGGCACGCACGCGGUGCCAUCAUCACGGAACAUGGACCAACACCCGACAUUUCUCUGGAUGAGGCAGAAGAGGGAGAUAUGCAGACGGAUUCUGCCGUCGGCCAUCCAAAUCCCAAGAAUGUAACGGACACCGGAGCCAAGGCUGCAGGACAACAGGCGGACGACCCCAUGAGCGAGUUUGAGUCACAGACAACGGCUCGAUUCUUUAGUCUCUCCACGGGAUCGAAUUCGAGCAGCUCAACUCAGCCCGAAGCAGGCGACAUUCGGAUCCAGCGGCCUGCUGUCAUAGCUCUAGAUGCCAAAGGAGCCUACCCUGGGAUCGCUCAUCUCCCACACUCACUCACAGCACAAUCAGGAGCGGUUGCACUGCACUAUCCCAGGGCCCUCAGGAAUGUUGUUCUGCCCUCUAGACCGUGGCAACCGUCGUCCGAGUCCUAUGCAGCCUUGGCAUCCCCUUCGAUCCCGACCAUCCACUCUUCUGCCUCUUCCUCCAACAUUGGUGCUCAGGAUUCUCCCUUCAUAUCCUCAUCCACCUCAUCAGCAUCGUCAUCGUCUACUUCAACACCAUACCAACCUCACUUUUCACCCGUUUUAUCUUCUUCCUCUUCUUCAUUUUUAUCUGCGCCCAUCUGGUCAACGAAAUCGUCCAUCAAUGCCUCGAUAUCAUCGUCGUCGAAUUCAGCCGUUCAUGCCGUCCGCGAACUUCUCGAUUCAUACCCGGCCCCCUCGCCUUACUGCGUCGACGACAAGAAGCGAUCCCCUCUGCACUUUGCGGCUGCGUCUGGGGAUCUGGAGCUGGUCGAGUUUCUACUGGAGCGAGGAGUUCGUCCUGACUGUGGUCGUGACAUUGCCGGCAACAUGCCCCUCCACCUCGCGAUUAUCUCGAACAGGAUUGAUGUUGUCGCUGCAUUACUCAAAGCCGGAGCGGACAUGACACUGGCAUCGCCGAUGACUCACAAGACACCACUGGACCUAGCCGAAUCCCGCCUCAGUUAUUUGUUGUCGCGUGCACAGGAUACGGCGAGAUACCCUUCGGGAUCCAUGGGUCUUCACACCAGCCACAGCCACAACCAAAUCGUCACACGGCCAUCCUUUUACACGCCUCCUGCCCAAUCUCCAGCAUUACUCUACCAAAUCAAGGGUAUUGUCAAUCUCCUUCGACCCUAUGUUGUCCGGCAACAACGGUUGCAGCAUGGCGAGCGGCACAAGGAGCGGCACAAGGAGCGGUCGUGGGAUCGUGCGGACAAGUAUAUGAAGCAACACCCUUCACAGGAAGGAACCUAUGGCAGCAGCAGUGGACUCUGGCAUUCAGACCCACAUUCGGACGCCCAUUAUGGAGAUAUGGAGGAUGAGGAUGAGGAUGACGACGACGACGAUGACGAUGAUGAUGACAUGGAUACUGGAGAAGGUGGACGGCCGCUGGGGAAAAAGUUGCCAUUGUUCCGUCAGGAAGCAGAUAUGGACGAGGACGAUGAGCUGCCGUCAUACUCGGCCAAGCCCAAGAAAUUGGGACGACGACUGAACCGGAGGAUGGAUGCUGAUGAGACGGAGGUGGCCCUGGAGAGUCUUAUGAACGGCUUGUCACUUUUGGAGGCGACUCGGAAACAACAAGAGCAACGGCAGUUACAACAGCAGCAACAGCAGCAGCUUGUUCAGGACGGCACGGGCAGCAGCGGCAUGUCACUAGGUGCAAUGCCUGCACUUGGAGGUGUUCCUGAUAUUGGAGAUGGCAACUUGGCCGACAGUGAGCUGGACCCGAGGAGCGAGCAAGAUGUGGAUGAGGCACUGCCAGAUCUGUUGGAACAGGUGCAGCAGGUUCUUCAGGCCAUCAAGUUAAAUGAGAACAAGGCCACAUAG